AAUAAAUUAUCUUGUUAUUUAUCCGAAUAUAAGUAGGUAAUGAAAAUUAGUUAAAAGAAGUAAAGUGGGGUGGAAAAUGGACUGACCAAGUUGGACUGGGCAUAAGCCAUCGGCCAUGGCGGCUAAUUGCAACCGAAAAAGAAAAGAAGGAGAAAUAAACAAAGUUAAAAUUAAAUUUUAAAAAAAAAGUGAAAAUUUUCUAUUUAAGGCCCACGCAAGCAGCGCACUCAUUCUUGUGUGCGUCAGUGCAAUUUUUACUUUUCCAUUGGAUUGGAGGAGGUGAUGGAGAAUUCAGUUGCUGAACAUCAACGCAAUGAAGCAUCUUACUCGUCGGAUCCUCCAAAUCAUGCGCAGGAGGCAUGCAUUGAAAUGGAGAAAAGCGUUGAAGCCUCUUUUGUUCAUCAGACUAGACGACCGACUCUCUCCUCUUUGCAAAUACCUUUGAGGUCUUUUGAAAGUUCUUUCUAUGAUUUUACAAGUGUAGAUAUUCCUGACCCAAGUCCUAGUUCCACUAAAGCAGGGCUGCCUCCUAGGCCACAUUCUGCUAAAAUCAGAUCCUCUGUUAGAAGUCUUCUUCCGCAGAGGAGCUUUAGGGCAAAUAAUUUGAGCCAAAAAGGUGAGAAGAUGGUUCUCAUUGUUCCAGACACACCUCCAUCUGAUGGUUCUUUGGAGAAGCCUUCUACUUCAAGGUCGUUUUCUCUCAACAAAGUUUUGUUCCCUUCAACAAAGGCAGCACAUUCUUUACCAGUUACACCAAUCUAUCCAGGUUCAAAGUCUAUACCAGCAAGACAUCUAGAUGCUCAAUCUCAUGUUUCUAUGUCAGUAGCUCAGCAGCAUAUGAGUAUGAUGCGCUCAUUAUCUGUACCAGUUAAUGUUAAACCUAGAAGUUUGAGGCGAGCAGACUCUGGACGAGGUUUGAUCCGUGUAAUUUCAGCAACCUCUCGUCCUGAGGUAGUUGAGGGUGCCUUGUCAAAUGAUGCCUCAUCAACAGAAAUCACUAGUGAAGAUGCAGGUGAAGACAUUCCUGAAGAAGAAGCAGUGUGCAGGAUUUGCUUGGUCGAGCUUGGUGAAGGAGGUGAGACUCUGAAGAUGGAGUGUAGCUGUAAAGGAGAGCUUGCACUUGCUCAUAAAGAGUGUGCUGUAAAGUGGUUUAGCAUCAAAGGAAACAAGAUAUGUGAUGUCUGCAAGCAAGAUGUUCAGAAUCUGCCUGUAACAUUAUUAAAAGUGAAUGAUCCACGGACUGUUAUCAGACGACCUCCGACGGUGGCACAGCAGUCUCAGGUUACUCAUUACAGGGUCUGGCAGGAUGUACCAGUUCUUGUCAUGGUCAGCAUACUGGCUUACUUCUGUUUUCUGGAACAACUUCUGGUCUCUGACUUGGGCGCACGUGCUCUAGCAAUCUCAUUACCAUUCUCCUGUGCUUUAGGUCUUCUUUCCUCCACAAUUGCUUCAAAAAUGGGAUGCUGGAUAGGAAGCUCUUCUGGUGGUAGAUCAUUAGUUUAGCAAUAUGUGGUCUUAUAAAUGAGAUAAAAAGCAGAAGCGCAACAUCUGCACUUGGAUUUCUGAUUUUCCUGGAAUAAAGGCUGAAGAAUGGCCUAGAUGCUGAGAAAUAAUGGAAUGGAAAAUGUGACUUUGGUUCUGGAAGAUAAGGUAAAGAAAAAGGUGUCAGAUAGCAAUCCAAACUCUGAACGAUGUGCAGGGAAAAAGAAAACAAAAAAUUAGAGAUCAUAGCAUAUCUAGGGAAGAAUAAACCUAGGUUAUCUAAUGUAAAUUUUCCUAAAUGAUCACAUGUACAAGAAGGUAAACAAUCCUUGAGAGCAAGCAAAGUCACCUGACUAUUUGUGAUCGUCAAUUUUGACAGGUUUUUCUGGGCUGAUGGAAGCACUUUUACACCUCUAGGAAGUUACUGCAAACCAGAGAAAAAAUUUAGAGACUUAACCAGCUUGCAUAAUUGUAAACUAUUUCAAAUUCCAAGUACAGAAAUUUAAUGACAUGAAACCUUCUCGGGAAGAAAAAUAUUUUCUCUGUUGCUAAAAUAUAUUGAUUACUCUUGUUUGAUAAAACAAGGAAUUUUACGUGAAAUUAUGACCAUUCUGAAUAGCGAAUGGACUAGCUUUCUGUUGUCACUGUUUAGAAAUAUCUACAUUGGGCAGCACAAAUAACAGAAAACACAAGAUAUCUGUUAAAUUUCAACCAUUUCCAUUUAGCUUAACACAGAAACCAAACAAAAAUGGAAAACUAAUCAGCAGAAUUAUUUGUUAUAUACAAAUGAGCUGAUGCUCAUCAAAUUGAAAACAAAACUGCAAGAAAUCUUGAAUAAACUCUAAUUUUGUUCUUCAAUUUUUGUUUACCUUGACCUUCCUGUAGUUUUUACCAUCUGUUCAUUUUCUUUUGCUCUAUAGAGUUGUUUGUCCUAAUCUACAGAACCAUAAGAGCAAGGAUAAACAUGAUGAAAUAUGUGUGAAGUUCAGUGACUGUAUAUAGGAAAUAAAGGAGCUGAAAAGAUUUAUUUUUCUUCCCUUUUUAGCUGAGGUUUGGGUUGGGGAGGGGGGUGGGUUGGGUUCUCUUCUUAGUAAAUUUGUGGUAUAACGAUUAGAUGCUGUCAGUCUAACGAAACAACUAGAAUACUUAGUGUUUUAUCAUAUCUUCUAAAUUUUUUGUUUCUAUUUUGAAUUUUGGGUUAUUUCUUAUAUUCGA